GUAACGACGUCAACACAUCGUCGCGAUGAACUAGAAAGUAUCAUUCUCCUCUCAUUACUGCCUUAACACAAACCUGGGAGAGGAAGAAUACACGUACUUCCAGAUCAGUUCUCCUCCUAAACAAGUGCCCACCAUGUCUAUUCCGCCGGAAGCUCUACAAAAGCUCGUCCAAGAGAUCGAGGCACGCGCCAUCUCCUCCCAGCAGCAGAUCAAUAUAGUGAAAGCACAGAUCUCCACUAAACAACGCGACAUCCGGCUUUUACAACUUACCUCGAGCGAAUUGCAGUCAUUACCCAAGGAUACCAAUGUCUACGAAGGAGUCGGAAAAAUGUUUAUCCACGCCCCGAUAAACACAGUCGACAAGCGACUAUCAACAGAAACCGAGACGCUCAAAAACGAUAUUAGCGGUCUUGAGAAGAGGCUGAACUAUCUUGAAACGACACAUCAAAAAAGUAAGGAAAAUAUGGAGCAUAUACUCAAGGGGACCUCAGCAUAGACGGUUGGUGAUAGUAUUUAUGAGAAUGAACAAAAUUUGUCGGACGAGAAGCUCAGCUGCUGAUGGCCUUCACCGUUGCUUUCGAAUGGGCCAUUAUUAGAUCCCAGUGCCAGAAAGGUGUCGUGUACAUCGCUGCAAUGCAUCUAGCGAGAUGGACUCGGAAACGAACUGUGCAUUCCCUUGUGCUCAUUAGUCUUUGCAUGUCAGACUGGCGCAUCGGUCUGCUGGGGGCUCGUUUUGCUCGAGAUAGGCGUACAAUUAGCUCUUGCGGAUUGCGAUGCAUGUGUUGAUGAAGGAGGAAGUUGGCGCCUCGUCAGUAUGGCUGGGAACCGACAGCCCGACAAUGAGGGUACAUAAACCAGUUUGAUAAGGCAGUCCGGUACGAUAAAUAACUUUUAAACCUACAAAUCAUAUCGUAUGAAUUAAUAGAUGCAAAUAAAAAUGGGAUUACCGAAACUAAGGACGAUGUGGUUUAAUAAAGAGGUACUAAGCAGCCC